AUGUCUCUUCUGCGGCUACCAAAGGAGCUACGGCAGUGGAUCGCUUUAGAGGUCGUCGCUAGCAUCCUGGCUGACCGCGAUGCUCGCCGUACGCACCCCUUUCCAGACAGCUUGCUUCCCCCAUUACCCGACGUCGCGCGCUCAGGCUUCCCAGGAUCCUCUUGCAGGGAUCCUUUCCUUCCUCGACUUGCUCGCUGGGAUGAUCAUAUGGACGCUGCUGAGUGCACUUCCACUCAAGGAAGACUUAGUGGACAGACUCAAUACUGCUAUCGGGACAGGCCUCGACAUUCAAAGCAACAGCAGUCGAAGUCCAUACUUGCACUUCUCUGCGUCUGUCGUGAUCUCCGAGCAGAUCUCAUCGGUUUUCACGCAUUCUGGUCUCAGAUCAGCUUGUUGUACCCUUGUUUCCUACCCGACUCUCUCAACUGGUCCGGCAAUGGCACGGUGCAUCCUUAUCGUUUGGAGAAUGUGCAUGGACUCUGUGCCUGUACAUUAUCGAUGCUCUUACCACGUGUACAACGCGCCUCCCAUCUGCGACUUGCAUUGCCUCUGAAGCCAUCAUAUGGAAGACAUCCAUCGGAGUCUAUCUUCGAGCUGCUCGUAGCCGAUGAAACACCGAGGAUACGACAUAUCGAGCUUCGCUACGACCCACGCAAGCGUACGGAUAGGACGCUUUUCGGAGUCAAGUUUGCCUCCGUGCGGAUCAGCUCCCUGCUCACGUUCACCGGGGUGAACAGUCUGAAAAUCGCCCACAGUCCGAACUUGACGAGUCUGAGGCUUGCCUCUGAGACGUACGAUACUGCACUCCCGCUCAACGGCAUUCUCGAUGUCUUACGGGAGUGUACAUUUCUGGAGGAGCUCGUUCUCCAGACAGCCCUAUUUGGAGUCGGCGACUUGCUGGAUGAUGAUGGUGACCUACAUCCAGUCACCAAUCCUAUCCUGCUUGAACACCUUCGAGUCUUCCUCCUCUGCGACGAUAUGUUCAUGUGGUUGGGGGUACGGCGAAAUUUGAUCCUCCCGCGCCAGGUUUCAAUCCACGCAGACAUCAUCAUCACUCCUCACCAACAAAUCCACCACCGUUAUCACGAGUUUGCCAGAGAAGCCGCUAGACAUUGCUUCGAUGGACUCCGUAUCCCGUGCAAGGUGGUCGUGCUCGACUAUCACCAAGUUGAUCCACAUGACGAAUGGGGAGCCAUCCCCGAGUACUGCCGCCUAACCUUUGGCUCAUCCAUGCAGGAGGCCAUGAUGGAACGCGAUCCCUCAUCAGCUUCCAACCGGUCUUCCCUCACCCUCCGAUUUCUGGGACCUACUCUCGAGAGGAGAUACCCGGGAAACGAUUGGGAUCCAUAUUUCUCGACACCGCGACCUGUGGACUGGUUGGACACAUUCUUCGAAGGCGUUAGGGUGGGAGCCCUUGCAUCUACAUCGCUGGGCUUCACGUCCGCGGAGACGCUUGUGGUGAAGGCCGGCGGGCGGUCCCGUCCCCCCCAUGACUUUACACGCAUCACGCAUACAUUCCCUAACAUACGGGAACUGGUUCUUUACGGGGCAACUGGCCCUAGGUCGCACGCCAUAGUCGAUGUCAAACACCAGCUUGCGUAUCGGAUUACCCCGUGGUCCAAACUGGACCUCAUAUGGGUUCCCGACUGGAGGUGGCGCAGUGAUCAUUGGGAAGACUGGAACUUGUGGAUCAGGAAACGUAACCCCCAGAGGGUAGGCCGGGACGUCGAAUGGAGGAUUGAUCUCGAAGAUGGUUUCGAGGCAAGGAGGUCCCGGGAUUAA